CGUGCCACAAUAGCUUAAUCGGAUUCGGAUGCACCGCCACUCUUUUAUUAGGGCCUGUGUUACGUCCCGCCAGAGAGAAUCUGAUAGUUGAGACAAGACGAGCAAAUUACUCCCGCCACCCGCCGCCGCCGCCGCCGCCGGCGAGGACCAUGGAAUCACCUGUUAGAUCGAGUGCCACUGCCGCCGCCGCAGGAGGAGGAGGAGGUAGCUCCGAUUGGGCGGAGUUGUUGGAGGACAUUCUCCUGACCGUCAUGGAGCAGCUGGACGUCCCGGACCUUGUACGCUCCGGCGCCGUCUGCGGCUGGUGGCGCGCCGCGUCCGCCGCCGUUCGCCGCGCCCGCUUCCCCCUCCCGUCCUCGGCGAAGCAGCUCCCGUGCCUGUUCUACGCCUGCGAAGCCUACUCCCCGGCCGCCGCCGCCGUCCACUGCCCCUUCACCGGCGAGUCCGUCCGUGUCCCGUUCCCGCUCGCACCUGUCGCCGGCCACCACGUGGUCGGCGCCGGCCACGGCUGGGUCGUCACCGCCGACGAAAACUCCAACCUCCGACUCUUGAACCCCAUCACCGGCGCCCAGGCCUCUCUCCCGCCCAUCACCGGCAUCCACCACGUGGAGACCGUCCCCGGUGGCGCGCUCAGGUACAACGUCUACCUGAAUGGGGGGCCGGGGCUCGACCGGGUGCCCCGCCUGCUCACCGCCGGUAAGGCGCAGAAGCGCAUGUACCACCGGGUGGUCCUCUCCCGCAGCCCGUCCUCCGCCGGCCCCGGCGCCUGUGUCGCGCUGAUGGCGCACAUGAGCUACGGCGAACUCUCGUUCGCCAGGCUCGGCGACGAGCGCUGGACGUGGAUCUCGCCGGACGAACACCCCCACCUCGGCCCAAGUGCGUGUGGCUUCCGCGACUUCUUCCACGACGACGACGACGGCAUGUUCUACGCGCUCCGCUUGGAUGGAUCCAUCUACACCCUGGAUCUCAACGGCGACUCUCCCGUCGUGAAGCAGAUCACCGGCGGAGUCCCACAGCAGUGGUUCCCUUCCACCUACAUCCUCCGCGCGCCAUGGGGUGACAUCCUUCAAGUACGGAGAUGGCGGCGUUUCUUCGCCUUGAUGGAAACUGAAACACCGUCAUCAUCACAGCAUACACUUAAUAGUCUCAAGGUAGACGACGACGACCUAGAAUCUGUCACGGGUUCCGACAACGACCUAGAAUCUGUCAUCACGGGCUCCGACGACGACCUAGAAUCUAUCACGGGCCUCGACGACGACAACGACCUAGAAUCUGUCAUGGGCCUCGACGACGACGACCGCGUAACUUCGUAUCUGCAGCUCAGGACGACCCACAUCGAAGUGCUCAAGGUCGAUUUCGAUCGACGACGGCUGGUCAAGAUGGGGAGCUUGGAUGAUCACGCUCUCUUCCUCGGUGCCAACACCACGAUGUGCCUCUCGACCAAAGAUUAUCCGAUGCUGAAGCCAAACUGCGCAUACAUCGCCGACAACUCGUCCGAGUAUAUCGGUGACCACGUGAAAGGCUUGCCAGAGAUCGGCAUCUGGGACAUGGAAGCCGAGAGCUUGCAGAGGUUCAAGUGCGCCGAGGACUCGCCGCCAUGGCUCAAUUGGCCCACCCCUGUUUGGAUAAAACCUUCGCUUUUGUAAUUAAGUUACGGUAGAAUUAAUAUCUCAAGUCAUGCAGUCCGGCCAUUGAAGGUAAUAAAAGUAAACA